GGAAAAUAAACGCUUCAUUGGCAAAAUUGGUGGCAUCAACUAUGAACUGAGUGUAGAAGCCCCUUUGCUUCUGCUAACAGUAAACAAAAAUGGCUUCAGUUCAUCUUUUUCACAGUUCAAUUUUCUUCAAUUCUUUUAAUUCAACCAAAAGAAAUGAUUUUUCUGCUUUCAAAAUCCAUGGGUCUCCUUCUAUUAGCCAGAAAUAUAAUCUUCGAAAGUACCCAUCUUUCAAAACCAUGUCAUCUGGGGAUAGAAGACAAUUAGAGAUAGUGUAUGACCCAGAAGAAAGAUUGAAUAAAUUAGCAGAUGAAGUGGAUAAGGAAGCUGGUCUUUCUAGGCUCACUCUUUUCUCACCUUGUAAGGUGAAUGUGUUUUUGAGGAUAACUGGAAAAAGGGAGGAUGGAUAUCAUGAUUUGGCGUCUCUAUUUCAUGUGAUAAGUUUGGGGGAUAAAAUAAAAUUCUCUUUGUCACCCUCAAGGACCAAGGAUAGUUUAUCAACAAAUGUGGCUGGAGUUCCCCUUGAUGAUGAGAACCUGAUAAUUAAGGCUCUAAACUUGUAUCGGCAGAAGACAGGCAGUGACAAGUAUUUUUGGAUUCAUCUUGAUAAGAAGGUUCCUACAGGAGCCGGGCUUGGAGGAGGAAGUAGCAAUGCUGCUACUGCACUUUGGGCAGCGAAUCAAUUUAGUGGUGGUAUUGCAACAGAAAAAGAACUUCAAGAAUGGUCAAGUGAAAUAGGUUCUGAUAUUCCUUUUUUCUUCUCCCGUGGAGCUGCAUAUUGUACUGGAAGGGGCGAGGAAGUUAAAAAUAUACCGCCACCCAUUCCUUUGGAUACUCCAAUGGUCCUUAUAAAGCCCCAAGAAGCAUGCUCCACUGCCCAAGUUUACAAGAGCCUUCGUUUGGAUCAAACUAGCAAGGUUGAUCCUUUAUCUUUAUUGGAGAAAAUAUCGAAAGAAGGAAUCUCUCAAGAUGUAUGCAUCAAUGAUUUGGAGCCUCCUGCAUUUGAAGUUCUUCCAACUCUGCGAAGAUUGAAACAACGCAUAAUUGCAGCCAGCCGUGGACAAUAUGAUGCUGUUUUUAUGUCUGGAAGUGGAAGCACCAUUGUUGGGAUUGGUUCUCCUGAUCCACCACAGUUUCUCUACGAUGAUGAAGCAUACAAGGAUGUCUUCUUAUCUGAGGCUACCUUCAUCACUCGAGAAGAGAACCAAUGGUAUUCAGAACCUUCAAGUAGCUCUACCGGCUCUGUUGCUGAAUUUUCCCGGCCACUUAGUGAUGGAAUUUCACAGUAACAUGAUGCUGCUGAGAAAUGCUGGCCUGCGACAUGGCUCUCGCUGCUUCAGUGAAUUUCGAGGUGAACUUUCAGAAAAUAUUUUUCAUUGUAUAGAGCAAACCUAUCCUUUACUCUUGAAUGAUGGUUAGUAUACUUCAACGAAAACUUCUCUCUGUAACAUUUGUUCUCCCAGGUCACACAUCAGUUAUUUUUGUUACCAUAAAGUCAUGAACUGUACCUCUUAGAGGGAGAGAAACAUGUAAUUUCUCUUAUAAUUUUGAAAUUUGUUUAUUCUUUUA